AUGGUCGCUUUCACUCGUCUGUUCACCACCGGCCUCCUGGCCACCUCCGCCAUGGCUGCCCCCAUCGUGCAGCAGCGGAGCUCCUCCGGCAAGCGUGGUGCCGCCUACAACGACAUUGGGACCGUCCAGCCUCUGAGCGCCGCGGGGACCGUCUCGUGGGCCUACAACUGGGCCAUGUCUUCGUGGGGUCAGGCUCUGCCCUCCAACGUCGAGUAUGUGCCCAUGCUCUGGGGUGCCAAGGACUUUGGCGGCUGGUUCGCCGCCAUCGAGACUGCUCUCUCGUCCGGCUCCAACUACAUCAUGGGUUUCAACGAGCCCGAUAUUGGCUCCCAGGCCAACAUGAGCCCCGCCCAGGCCGCGGGUUACUACCAGAACUACAUCACCCCCUUCUCCGGCAAGGCCAAGUUGAUCUCCCCCGCUGUCUCCUCUUCCACCAACCAGGGCAUGGGUCUCUCCUGGAUGAAUGAGUUCCUCAACGACUGUGCCUCCUGCGGUAUCAGCGGUAUGGCCAUUCACUGGUAUGGCGAGACGGCGGAUCAGUUCAAGUCGCACGUGUCCAACGCCCUCACCAUGGCUGCCAGCCACGGCAUCUCCGAGGUCUGGGUUACCGAGUUUGCCCUCAACGCCGAUGUGGGCGGCGUGACCAACCCUGCCAACACCGCCGCUUUCCUCGCUGAUGUUUUGCCCUGGCUCGACGCCCAGCCCGGCGUCUCUCGCUACUCCUACUUCAUGUGUGCCGAGAACUAUCUGGUCAACGGUAACGCCUUGAACCAAGCCGGUCAGGCCUACAUCUCCUAA